UAUGACGUUUCAAUUCCGCACAUGCGCACAAUAGAAUAAGGAAUCAAACACACAUACGAUGCACAUUGUUUUGCUUACGUAAAAGAAAAGCUUCAAGCUGGUAAGCUUUGCUAUAUGCGCUGCUUAUUCUUAACAGAGUUUUCAUUGUGCCAAAUGGAAAGCUUUGGUGGAACGAACAUGUGUGUCAUCCUUUCGAGUUUUCCACCACUACUUGAAGAGCAUAAUGUUAAUUAUAUCAGUACCGAUAAAGAAUCUACUGCUAAGUAACCUGUCUGCAUCGCAUAUGACACGUUUUCGAUAAAUUUGUUAUAAUUACAUACAGAUUACCUUCGAUGGGUUGCUCAUUCGAUAGAGAAGUGCAAAACAAGACGGAACAACUGUUAAAAUCUGUGAAUGAAUAAAUAGUUUUAUCUUAGGAAUUGAGUUUGGUUCCUUCGACUGGUGGAUCGUGUUCGACAUCGUAUAGCGAGAAAACAUAUUUUCCCAAAGUCUUGAACUUCCAACAGGCUGUAUGCAAUUUCCUCGUCCGUGUCUGCAAUAUGGUUAUAGCCAAAGUGUUCUCUGAAAAGUUUUUCGUUCUGUAAAGAUAACGAUAAAGACGAUUUUUCUUCCAAACUGGAUAAAUGGAAGCAAAAACUUACCAAAUUUGUGAAUUAAACAGAUUUUAUUGAUUUUAUUAGAUUCGUUUUUCUACCAAUACAGUCAGAGAAAACUGCUGGUUAAAUUGUGUAAAAUAGCUACGAUACGCAUACGAAGCUGUAUCGUUAUCCUGCACUUUGCCAUUGAGAGCGUGCAAAGUCACCAGGAAAUUCAGAUUCACGGAAACAAUCUGAACACGAGUACAUAGUGGGAAGUGUGCGUGGUGAAGCUAUGGUGCUGAAAACAUGUUUUUGUAUCGUGGGUAUGUUGCUCUGCUGCUUAGUGGCAACGAUUAGAAGCAAAUCGUCUAUCGAUGGUCAUGUUUUCACCAGUUCUUUUCUGGUGAAAUUUAAACGCAAUGUGGAUGAUCAACAGGCUCACGAAAUUGCUGACCGCAAUGGAUUUAUCAAUCUCGGACCGCUCGCUGGAAGUGCUGGACGAGAGUUCCAUUUUAAACAUACGGCCCUGCCACAUGCCCGGACCCGUCGAAGUAUUGCACAUAUGAGGGUGCUAAAAAAGGAAGAUUUGAUUACUGCAGCUGUUCAACAGGUUGGUUUCAAGCGCGUUAAGCGUGGAUUACGUGCUGCAAUUCCUUCGCCAUUCGUAUCCGAUAUAUCCGAUUUGAAUGGAGAUAAAGUCCCAACUGAUCCCUAUUUCCCCCUACAAUGGUAUUUACGAAAUACUGGGCAAAACGGUGGAAAACCUCGGCUAGAUUUAAACGUGCAGGCGGCUUGGGAUCAAGGAAUCACUGGCAAAAAUAUAACGACGGCUAUUAUGGACGAUGGUGUUGAUUAUAUGCAUCCAGAUUUGAAAUUCAAUUACAAUGCGGCAGCAAGCUACGACUUCAGCAGCAAUGAUCCGUAUCCAUACCCCAGAUACACGGAUGAUUGGUUCAACAGUCAUGGGACACGAUGUGCUGGAGAAGUUGCCGCAGCUCGAGAUAAUGGAAUUUGUGGAGUUGGUGUUGCGUACGAUUCAAAAAUUGCUGGGAUCCGUAUGUUGGAUCAACCCUAUAUGACCGAUCUCAUCGAGGCAAACUCAAUGGGACAUGAGCCACACAAGAUUCACAUUUACAGUGCCUCGUGGGGACCAACGGACGAUGGCAAGACUGUUGAUGGUCCGAGAAAUGCAACUAUGCGUGCCAUUGUUCAAGGUGUAAAUGAGGGUCGCAAUGGACUGGGGAAUAUAUAUGUCUGGGCUUCUGGCGAUGGUGGCGAAGAAGAUGACUGUAACUGUGAUGGAUAUGCGGCUUCUAUGUGGACUAUUUCGAUUAACAGUGCCAUCAAUGAUGGCCAAAAUGCACAUUAUGACGAGAGUUGCAGCUCUACGCUGGCUAGUACAUUUAGCAAUGGUGCCAAAGAUCCCAAUACAGGCGUGGCAACUACCGAUCUAUACGGGAAGUGCACAACUACGCAUUCCGGAACGAGUGCUGCGGCACCGGAGGCUGCUGGAGUUUUUGCUCUUGCGCUGGAGGCAAACCCCUCACUGACAUGGCGUGAUAUCCAGCACCUUACGGUAUUAACGUCGAAACGAAAUUCUCUAUUCGAUGCAAAAAAUCGUUUUCACUGGACUAUGAACGGAGUUGGGCUGGAAUUCAAUCAUCUGUUCGGUUUCGGCGUUCUCGAUGCAGGUGCGAUAGUGUCACUGGCGAAGAGGUGGCGCACCGUGCCACCUCGCUAUCACUGUGAAGCAGGUGCUAUCAUGGAUCCGCACCCUAUAUCAUCCACUGGUUCCGUUAUACUACGUGUUAAGACAGAUGCCUGCCGGGGAACUGAUACUGAAGUUCGAUAUUUAGAGCACGUUCAGGCCGUGAUCACAGCUAAUGCUACUAGGCGAGGUGAUUUAGAGUUGUUUGUCACUUCUCCCAUGGGAACUAGGUCUAUGAUACUUAGCAAAAGGGCAAAUGAUGACGACCAUAGGGAUGGAUUUACAAAAUGGCCUUUCAUGACAACUCACACAUGGGGGGAAUAUCCUCAAGGCACAUGGCUAUUAGAGGCCACAUUCAAUUCAAAGGAACCACGAUCAGGCUGGAUAAAGGAGUUUUCGUUGGUAUUGCAUGGCACAAAGGAUCCACCAUAUAGGAUGCUGUCUCCAGCUUCUCCACAUUCAAAACUGGCUAUCGUCAAGAAGGCCCAUGAAGACCAAGAAAAAAUAUAAAAUGCUGUCGGAGAUCAAAGCAGUUCGAACUCAUCAUGGGUGACACCUACUUAAAAAAUGGGCAAGACAAGCUGAACCUUACAAUUUAUGACAAAAAUAAUAAUUAUAUAAAAAACGUAUCGAUUAAUAAUUACAGACGGUAAACGAGAUUUUAUCAUCACUUGACCAGUGCCCACCAAGAGACAGGUGGACCCAUUGUCUGUAGAUACUAUUUUUCACACCUUUUACAGGUGCAGUUUUUUUUUCAAAAUGUCUUUGAAGAGAUAUUGGGAGUUUGAUACAUCGUAAUUGAAAUUAUUUUAUUUUAAUAUGGACACUAGGGCUAUUAUAGACACCCUCGACACACAAGAUAUUUUUUUUCAACUGUUGCUUUAUUGAAAAAAAAAAUCCAAAAAUGUUUAAAAAAUUUGGUAAAUUUCUUGUUAAUAACAAUAAAUAAACCGUUAAUUUAUUUCCAACGACGAAGUUUCCAGUUGGCAGGGCUCUUGAGCACAGUAGUUAAUACAGAACCCAUUGCCAAUAAUAGAACGAUACCUUCUGAGGCUGCCAUUUCUUUCCAUGGAAGUAAGUGUACAAUACGAAUGCCCUCUACAGUCGUACUUGAGCUUGUCUUUCGGUGUCCAGCAUACCUCUAGUUUCUAAAAUGUUCCCUAAUUGAUUCUUGAAUACAUAUAGUCCUCCAAGAAUAACUAUGAAGCAUUUUAACGUCUUCAGAAAGCCCUAUCGUGUAUAUGAAUCAGUGAUAUAAACAUAAUUUAAAAUCAGUGUUAAUAAUGCAAUCGUUUUUAUAUCUACUUUUAAGAUAAACAAUUAUACUUUUACCUUA